AUGGCAAAGGUAUUCGAUGCGGCAGAAGUCGCAAAACACAACACCCGGGAUAGUUGCUGGGUAGUGCUCUAUGGCAAGGUCUACGAUGUCACCGAUUUCCUAUCUAGUCACCCCGGUGGUGCAAAGAUCAUUCUGAAACUUGCAGGCAAGGAUGCUACUGAGGAGUAUGAUCCAAUCCACCCGCCGGGUAUCCUAGAGGAUGAACUGAAGCCUGAGGCGUACCUUGGAACUAUUGAUGCGAGCACAUUGCCUAAGGAGGAGGCCACCGCUGAGGCAAAAGAGCCGGUCGAGGGACCACCACCCAUGGAGACCCUCCUUAAUCUAGACGAGAUUGAAGAGGUGGCGACUAAACAAGUCAGCCAGAAGGCAUGGGCUUACUAUUACUCGGCAGCCGAUGAUAAAGUCACCAAAAGUUUCAACAAUGAAAUAUACCGGUCCAUCGUUCUGCGACCCCGCGUGUUCGUGGACUGCACAAAAUGCGAGCUGGAUACCUCAAUAUUAGGCCACAAGUUGGGGAUGCCUAUUUUUAUCUCCCCCGCAGCCAUGGCACGACUCGGCCACCCCUCCGGUGAGGCGGGUAUUGCAGAGGCAUGCCGUAACUUCGGUGCGUUGCAGAUCAUCUCCAACAAUGCUUCCAUGACACCAGAGCAGAUUAUCAAAGAUGCCCCGGCAGAUCAGAUCUUUGGCUGGCAGAUUUAUGUUCAAAUCGAUCGCAAGAAGAGCGAGGCGAUGCUAGCCCGGAUCAACAAGCUCAAGGCGAUCAAAUUCAUUGUUCUUACACUUGAUGCCCCCGUGCCGGGUAAGCGUGAGGAUGACGAGCGUAACAGCCUUGUUGGGGCUACAUCGGCUGUUCCAAGUGGAGUGAAGGCUGCCGAGCGUACUGCUGAUGACACUCCCGAUGUUACUCAGGGAUCUGGUGGUGUUGGACAGCAAUUGUUUGCGGGCACAGAUCCCUCUUUAACAUGGCAGGAGACAUUACCCUGGCUUGCCAAACAUACCGAUCUUCCCAUUGUCCUCAAGGGCUUGCAAACCCACGAAGAUGCCUACCUUGCAUCCCUACACGCCCCACAAGUCAAGGGAAUCAUUCUUUCCAAUCACGGCGGCCGGGCCCUAGACACUGCUCCACCCGCAGUGCACACCCUUCUAGAGAUUCGAAAAUAUUGCCCUGAAGUCUUUGACAAGAUUGAAGUCUAUGUGGAUGGUGGUAUCCGUCGCGGUACCGAUGUUGUGAAGGCUCUCUGCCUGGGAGCGAAAGCGGUUGGAAUUGGGCGACCCGCUCUCUGGGGAUUGGCUGCCGGCGGAGUUGACGGUGUCCGUCGUACGCUGCAGAUCCUUGCCGAUGAGAGCAAGACCUGUAUGCGACUCCUCGGUGUCGAAAGUGUGGGCGCUUUGGGGCCUCAACAUAUUAACUCUCGCAUGGUCGAGCACCAGAUUUAUGACGGACCAUCUGGCCUUGGCUCUUUGCGACACGCUUUCCGAGCGAAGCUUUAA